GUGAAAUAUCCAGUCACGUACCACAAAAUGUGAUAGCAGUAGACUUGCCAGGGUCACAUGACCGAUUUCAGCCAAUCGAAGACGAGAAUACGCUGUUCUUAGAUGACGUGUUAAGCGUCCUGGAAAAGACGUUGGAAGAGAAUUUUGAUGUAUUUUCUGAGGAAAAUGGGUGGAAUUUUGCAACAAUAGCUACCUCAUUGAAAAGAUACAUCGUGAAAGAGCAAUUCCCAGGCCAUUCUGGUGAAGUGAAGUUCAACGCAGAAGGACAACGCUCUGGAGAAAUCUACGAAAUUUUCGAGCUUGUAACAUUCAAUGGCGUAAACAAAUGGCUUCCUAUUGGUUCACUCGAGAAAGGUAACGUCAAAAUCAUGUUCAACCAAUGGCGUUUGGAGGGCAAGAAAUAUGAAACGCCAGUUUUGCGAGUUGUCACAAGACUUAAACCGCCGUAUCUGAUGUUUGGUUCGGUUCAAGACCGGAAAUCGACGGGCGAGUGCGAACAAGGCCGAAUUUGCCGACAGUUUACGGGAAUCCCAGAAAACCUCACAACCGGCGUUGUAACUGCUCCGAUCCCUUCGACGAAUACGUUAAAUGACGAGUCUGUUACGACAACAUCCGAAUACAAAUGUUGCACGGGGCUUAUCAUAGAGUUUCUUGAAAGACUAGAAAGUGACGUUGGAUUCGACAGUAAAAUUCAUCUUGUGAAAGAUGGGAAGUGGGGAAGCAACGACCCGAAGACGCAACAAUGGAAUGGAAUGAUUGGCGAGCUUGUCCGAAACGAAGCCGACCUGGCAGCGUCGACGCUUACGAUUACCGCUAAGCGAUCCAAAGUUGUGGAUUUCUCAUACCCGUAUGUGGACGUCGCUAAUGGCAUAUUGGUUUCCACGCAACCAGUAUCGCAUGACGUAUGGGACUUUGCCUUUUUGGAUACAUUCAGCGGACACCUUUGGCUUGCAUUAUUUGUUACCAUUCAGAUUGUUAUAGGCAUAUUGUGGUUAGCUGAGCGUCUUCGCAAGCGAAGAAGAUUUCAGAAUUUCCCGCACAAACGUGAUAACUCCAUCAGUUGUGCGCAGAUUAUCAACUACACGUGGUCACUGAUGUUCCAGAAAGCGUCAGAGGAGGUGGGACCUACUACCUUGGGGGGGAGGACUGUGGCAGCUCUGUUCGCGUUCUGUUCUAUCGUAGCUUGCAGCUCUUUCACAGCAAAUCUCGCUGCGAUCAAGGUAACAACAAAAGAUGGGAUUAGCAUCAGUGGAAUACGCGACCAAAAGUUUCAAACUGGCGAAAUAAAAGUUGGGACGAUCGCAAACUCUGCCAACCUGGACUUUUUCCGAGACAGCACAGACCCGUCGUUGCAAAGAAUCUACAAACGAAUAAAAGGCAAUGUUGUCUCGAGUUAUGAAGCAGCAGCCAAGAAAAUACUCUCCAGAGAGUGGACAGCAUUCGUUGCAGACACGCCACAGCUAGAACAUAUGGUCUCAAAAGAGACCGACUGUGCUUUGAAGAUAACUGGUGAUCCAUUCUUUUUCUCUGGUUACGGUAUCGCUUUAAGGAAGAACUCAACCUGGAACACACGGCUGUCGAUUGUAAUCACCAGUCUAGUUCGAGAAGGAUAUAUCUCAGGUUUGCAGGUAAAGUGGCUGGGAACAGGCUGCAGUAAUACCAAACAACCAAAUACAGAAAAGAUGGGGACAAAUGAUAUCGGAGGAGCAUUUCUUAUAGUCAGCUUCGGGUGCGUUGCCAGUGGUGUGUUCCUUCUUCUAGAGUACGCUGUAUGGUAUGCACUCGUUAGGAAAGACAUGGCACAGACAAGAGCAGGAGAGAAAAAGAAGAAUGUCGAUCAUGCCUUUGGUGCUUUGGUGAAGGUGCUGACUUUGUGGGAAGUUACAAGUUCAACGAACAAUCAAUUGAAUCAAAUCCCAACUACAGAAGCAACACUCAGAACUUUCAAAACAAUCGAUUUUGAGAAAGAAACAUCGAGAAACAAGCCAACCGAAGAUGAACAUUGAUUUUUGCGCAACCUGAAAUCUUAUCCAUCUUCUUGAAAAUCGAAGGGGAAGCCCGCUGUAGGUGCCGACGUAGAUAAAUCAAUCUCACUCACGUCAGUAAAACAUAUUUUUCCUUAUACCAAAAAAAUUAAAUUGGCUUUAGGACUCAAGUAAGAACCAAAACCAAAAUCGGUUCACUAUUUCAGAAACUGCAGGCACUGAAAAAGCCAAA